AUGUUAUCACGGAGUAUACAACGCGCCGUAUACGGCUCGAGAUGGCACAUCCCACGAGUGGCCAACUUGAGCACAGUCUCUCACACCAUCGAAACCGACAACCUUCCUCCUCCACCACAUCCCCGGAAGCACAUACCGGACAGACAACGAAGAUCAGAGCCCAGUGCCCAGUCUGAGCCCCCUCCAUUAUUAUCAACACCUCCUAGUCCUUCCGGCACCGAAACUCUUCCACCGCCGAACGCUCAAUCAUCGCCCCUGGCCCUUUCCGACUCCGUUCGAGACCUGCUCCCUCUCCUCAAGGCCCAAGCACCCCACUACAUCACAGUCCACAUCCACGGCAAACCCUACCUCCUCACCCAAGGCGAUACCCUCCGCCUCCCUUACCUCCAGCACGGCGUCGAACCCGGUGAUGUCCUCCGCCUCAACCGCGCAAUCAACAUCGGCAGCAGGGACUACACGCUCAAAGCUGCUGCAGCACCACCGAACCCGAAGCUCAUAUACAACAUGAAUCAGGGCAAGCACAGCUAUCUGGACGAGCGUAUUUAUGUUUGCAGGGCUGUGGUGAUGGGCGUGGAGAGCGAGCCGUUGCGGAUCAAGGAGAAGACGAAGCGGAGGCAGAGGAAGGUUAAGACGGUGAAGAGUAAGCAUCGGUUUACGGUGCUGAGGGUGAAGGAGGUUAGUGUGGUGGCGUGA